UCCCCCGACCUACUAUAUAUUGAUUUGCAAAACGUCGAAUGAUAUGGCAGAUUUCUGAAGUGUUAACGCAAACAAAGUGUCCUAUACUGCAAUGAGAAAUAACGUAAUCUGGUUGUUGUGUUUAUAUUUUGCCAUGGUGCCUUUAGGCGCACUUGGUUGAAAAGAAAACCACAUUUCCCUUUGAAAUUUGAAGCCAUCCAGGUCGCGAACUGACAGCCUAUGCUUAUCGUAUAUCUGCGCUGGCGGAGAAAACCCGAAAAUUGCUGAAGCUAUUUUUAGUUUUCCUGCUAAUUUUAGUAUUCGCCUCUGAGAAUGAAUUUGUGAGUUCAUAUGAAAAUUGCGCAGGUCCAGCUUUUUGUAAGAGAUUAUUUUAAAAUCCGCCCCAAAUUCUAAAUUCAAGUAUUUAAUAUUAUUUAACUUUUAAUAUUGAAAAUCAAUUGCAUGAAAAAGUGUGUAUAGCAAAUGGCAAAUUUACGAUCAUUGUUUAGGAUUUCAAUGUUUUUUUUUUUUUAACUAAUAGAAAUAGCACGCUAACUGCGCCACAUAUAUGGUAUAAACCCAUCAUUUCGGCGCUGAUGUUAAGUUAUUGAAUGUUGCUUCCAAAAUCAAUAAAAAUUCCGACCAACUGCUCAAAACUUAAACAACUCCAUGUAAACCUGUUAUUUUGCUCAAUAUUUCACUUUUGUGGAUAAUUUGUGGAUACGGUUGGUUAAGUGCAGUGUAUGCGUUAAAUUACAAAGUAAACACUUUUUGAUGGAUUUGAAAGCUUAGUCCGAAUAAACAGUUUUUCAUAAUUCAGAAAACCCAACCGUAUUUGAUUGUUCCUUGUGUAUCUUCUAAUUGCAAGUUUUCUAGCGCCGCAGGGUUAUUGCGGGGUGCUCGUUUAAGCUAAAUUGAUGAUUAAACGUUGUUUAAGCACUGCCGCGUGUCGGUGCAGUGUCAAUAUUUUAAUUCUGUUGUUAAAAAGCUCGUCGUGAACUCUUUUUACUCGAAACCGCCGGAGUAAUAUAAGGAUUCGACAGGUGAACCACACGUUAGUUGAACGGUCGAGUUUCGGGUCUAGAGAUUGACGUAUAGUAAUGCACUUGUUGUUCAGAGUCGACUACACAACACAUGGCGUAUGUUGAGUGCACGGUCUGACGAGCUGGCUGUUGGCCCAGAAUUGAAAGAAAAAAAGGGGACAAUAGAUUUUAGUUCCCAACAACGAUUUUAUUGUUUAGAUAGACGCAGGAGAAUUUAAUGUAAAAAGGCUUUAAAAUGCAAGACGAAAAGAGUGUAUUGGAGGAAAAUUACCGAACGUAUGCGAAACGUUGGUUGGUGUUAGGUUCUGUAGUAAUAUGCAACCUCAGUGGAGCGCUGAUUUGGCUUACUUUUACUGCGGUGCCAUAUCCAACGGUGGAAUAUUACAACACUGAUCUUGCAACGGUGAACGGGCUCUCGCUCGUUUUUAUGAUCUCGGCAAUCCCGGUUGGGGCUGUUGCGACUAUUGUACUUGAGAAAUAUGGAUUGAAACCAGCCCUUCUUAUUUCUGCGUGGCUUACCGCUAUUGGUGGCGGUCUGCGUAUAAUAAGCGUCAUUGAAUCCAUUCCACCGACCGGCAAGAUUGCAUUAUUAUUCGUCGGGCAGACUAUUUGUGCUUUGGGUCAGCCUUUUACCAUGUACGCCCCGGCAAAGACGGCAUCAACUUGGUUCGCCGACGACCAGCGAACUCUCGCUAAUACAUUUGCCUCUGUGGCAAACCCGGUCGGUGUAGUGAUCGCAGGGCUUGUUUCGCCGACAUUUGUGAGCUCGACUACAGGAGAAUUAGACAUGCUUAAUCUCCUCAUUACGAUGGCCGUACCCGCAGCAGCUGGUGCUGUUUACACAACCUGUGUUAUGACGUCAGGCGAACCGCCUUUACCGCCCUCUGCCGGCGGCGAUAAAACGAAAAAGGAGGUUUUUGGGAAAGGAAUAAAAGAAGUACUACGAAAUAAAGAUUACAUGAUUCUUGUUCUCACGGUCGGCGGUGGGAUCGGUCUUUACUCAACUUUCGCCACGUUGCUUGCACAACUUUUAUGCCCCUUUGGUUACACCAACACCAUGGCCGGUGUAUGUUCCGCCGUGCUCACUGGCACAGGUGUACUUGGAGCUGCUAUAAUAGGAACCUACUGUGACAUCACAAAGCAGUUUUCAUCUACAGUAAAAGUCUGUUACGUCAUUACAACGAUUGGAAUUAUUAUUUUUAGCUGUACAUUCCACUACAACAUGGGGUAUUUGGUUCUCAUUCUCAUUACCGGGAUCGGUUUGUUUUCCUUUGGAAUUUAUCCCAUUGGUGUUGAACUGGGCGCGGAAUGUACUUAUCCUGUUGGAUCAGCUACAACAUCUGGUCUUAUUAUGAUUUCUGGCCAACUUCAAUCUAUCAUCCUUAUAUUCAUACUGCAAUCUAUCGGAUCUCCAAUGACAGCGGAGCAGGUCAAUUAUUAUGACUCAAAAUGUCAUUACGUAAGCGAUGAAGUGUUAACAACGACAUACACAACGCCUUCAGAUGUUACUGAGUUAAGUUCCGUUGCCAUGGCAACCGCUACUGCAGCCGUUCAACCAAUAACUUACGAUAUGAGCGUUUCUGUGUACGUGUGCACGGCCUACAUUGGGAUUCUAUGCAUCGCCCUUCUUGGGUUCUUCCGACCUAAAUACCACCGUAUGAAAGCAGAACAACAUGCUAUAAGUGACAACAUUUCGCAAUGUAGUACCAGCAAUAUAACUGCCGUGUAAAAAUACAGUAGGGUGGGGAAAGAUGGGACACCUUAUCUUUGGGACACCUUAUAUAUCGUCACAUUUGGUAGUAGAAAAUAGAAACAAAGAAUUAUAAAGCUGUAUCCUCACUCUUCUCAUAGACCAUAGACCGUUGUUAAUUGUUUACAAGAUAUUAUGUGCCAAAGAUGUCCCAUCUUACCCCGCUUUACUACAUUUAUAAAACGUUUCUGGUCAGUCGAUGGAAUAUUUAAGUUUCAAUUGAUCUGGUUGAAUAUAAAAACCUA